UAUCUCACUUGAGUGGUCUGAAGCAGAAGUGCCAAAUAACAAAAUUGGACAAGAGCAACUUUGAAUGUGAAGUGGCGUGCUUAUUAUUUCCUGGUUAGACGAGCGCACCAGCAGUCCCUGCUUCCUAUGUGUGGGUGAGCGCCAGCAAAGCUGGGAUUGCAUCUCUGUUGACACCUCCGCACAGUCAGCAUGAAGCAGGGAGAGAGAAACAAGCAGACAGGCUGAGUGAGAGCAAGCGGAGGACAUAGGGUGCCAGAAAGAGGAAGAAGAGAGGAAGGGAGACAUAUGAGAUAUUUGUGGGUGAAGUAGUCAAGCAGCAAAGAACUGAUCAUCCUUUUUUACAGUUGUUGUGUCUCAGCAACAGCAGGACAUCAUCUGCUUGACAAAAGAACUUAAAGGACAUUUUCAAAUGCAACAUGGAAGCUGUUUGGUCUCUGCAAGCCUAAAAUUUGAGUUUGUGCCAAAUGAUGAAUGGAAGAAUGAGACACCUCUUUGUUAUGAAUUGUUAAGAAUUCCAUCUGAGAAUCUCGACAAGAUGGCUGUCAACGCUUUCACCAUCUUCCUCUUGCUGCUCAUCGGCUAUUGCACAUCGCACCCAUCACCUCCUCCUCCGCUGGGAUGCAGUGAGAAUGUGAAACCUUCAUACAGAGUGCUGUGUGACCUGGAGUCAGUGUGGGGUGUUGUUCUGGAGGCGUUGGCCUGCAGUGGGGGCCUCACCUCUCUGAUCCUGUCUGCGCUCCUGCUCGUCAAACUGCACUCUAUCUCUGACCCGGCCAGACGCUCUGGCGUGGGACCGCUUCUCCUGCUCCUGGGCACGCUCCUUGGGAUAUUCCUCAUUUCUAUUGCUUUCCUUGUGGGAAAGAACCAGAUCCUAUGUGUGAUUCGCAGGGCCUUCUGGGGCCCCCUUUUUGCCCUGUGCUUCUCUAGCUUGUUGGUCCAGGGAGUGAGGCUCAGGAGGCUUGUGGUUGGGAAGUCAAGCCCGUCAGGUAGCUCGCUGGCUGCACUGGGCCUGGCCUUGGCCUUGGUUCAGGGGAUCAUCUCUGCUGAAUGGGUCCUUCUCACUGUAGUCAGGGAGGGCCACCCAGCCUGUGAAUAUCCACCUCUGGACUUUGCUUUGACAUGCAGCUACACCUUAGGGUUGCUCCUCAUCGCUAUGGGGCUCUCUCUAGGGGUGGUGUUAUGUGGGGGUGAGUUUGGGGUAGAGGGAGCACAUGAGAGUGAGGAGGAUAGAGAAGGAGAGAAUGACAAAAAGAGAUGGAAGUGUAAUGCAGUGUGGCUCUUCCUGGCAAGCCUUGCAUCAGCCUUGCUUUGGGUGGCCUGGCUUGGCUUCUAUCUUUAUGGGAGCCAAGCAGUGAGGCUCAGAGGAAAAGCGGGGAGGUCAGGGGGAGGAGCAGAAAAGGCAGAAGACCGUCUUCUGGACGAGCCUGCUCUGGCGGUGGCCCUCAUUGUUCAGGGCUGGAUCCUUCUGCUGUUCCACGCCAUUCCAGAGAGCCACCUGUGUCUCUGGAAUCGUCCGCAAUGUGGCACGCAAGAUUUCUUUGACACCAUCGAGACGACACCUCCUCCACACUUCAGAGACGAGCUCUCUGCACAUUCUCAUCAAGCCUUCCAGGAAAACCAGGCCUUUUCUAUGGAGGAACACAGUGCAACGCUCCGCAGCGGAAACUACCCGAGCGGUCACGGGAGCAUUCGCCCCGGCAUCGCUUUCAGAGGUCACGUCUACCAACCAACUGAAAUGGCUCUUGUUAUGAAUGGCGGUACGAUGCCUACGGCUCCUAUUAAUUACACUGGAAGACGGCUCUGGUAAAGUGGUCAUGUGACACUACACACGUCUGCUCCUUCAUUUCCUGAUGCCUAACUUAUGCCUAAAACAUAUCAUACAAGAUGGACUGACGAAAGCACAAAAAGCUUCACGUAUUUAUGUUUUUUUGCUGAAUGUUUGCCUCCUUGUUAAAAAAAAAAAAAGAGAUGAGGAACUUUUGUCUGAACUGAAGGCUGCUUCACACAUUGUGUGUCAUACGUAAACACACUGACAGGGAGCGCUCGAGGAGGGCCAAUAAAAACUUUCAGGAUGUGAAUUCACCCACUUGCAUACACCUCACAAAGCUUGCUUUGCCUCACGUGUCCUUUAAUGUCUCACACACCAUUUGACUCUUCCAUUCAGAGUGCUACUGGAUAUUAUUAUCUGAAAACAUUAUAAAGUCCAGGGCUCUGAAAAUGUAAAUUACAUGCACAUGAAAGUAAUAGAAAGUCUGCGGCAUGUGGGUGACUAAAAAGCCAUUUAAUACUCUAUUCACCAGCCACAACAUUAAGUACACUUGCACAAUUUUUAAGGUGUAAAAUAACAGCUGUACCAAUUGGCUCUCGUGCAGUACAAGUGUCAUAAACACAGUUCAGGAUGAUGCUGUGUAGUUUUACAACCACAAUAAUAAACAUUAUUGUGACAGCAUCUGACAGCGUCAAUCAAAACUUGCACUUGAUCUCAUUCGAUGUGCAAAUGUACUAUGAAUGGUGAGGCCAGUGAGUAUAUACAUAUAUAUAUACUGUAUAUAUAAAAUACAGGGUUUAAGCUAUCUUGGGCCCUGUCAUUUUGCACUUUAUCAGAGCUAAUUUGGUCACUACUGUAUGUGGUAAUAUUUGAGAUAGACUAUCCUGUAACAGUAAAAUUGUAUGUAUUUUGUCUGGAUUUUCAGUGUUUUCUAGGAUUUCGAUGUCCAUAUUGAGUGGAAAAAAUCAGUAACAAUAAUUGUCUCAAGGGGCAACUGGUUUUCAUUCUGUCCCAAAAAAUGAUAUUUGAUACAACUGGAACGACCAAAAAGUGCGUGAUGUCAGUCUUGACAGUCUCCUGAACCAGCUUGAGAGUGUUUUUGAUUGCGAUUCCAAAAGUGGAAGAUUGUGGACAAACUGUUAUUGCCAAAGUAACAGUGUUGCUGCAAACAUUUAACAUUUUGUUGUUGUUUUGUUAUUUUUUUUUUGGUUAAAGUUGAGAGAAAACUUGCUUUCAAAUCAAAUGUAUGAAUAAUUAAACCUUAAGCAGAAACAGCAAUUUUACUGAAAGGCCAAUCUAAUCAUACCACUGGGAACAUUUUGGACUAAAUAUGUCUUGCUAAUUAAUUAAUGAGCUAUUGUUCAGUUUUCGGAAAUGUUGCUUUUGUGAGUGAGAUUUAUGCUACAAUUUUAUAUCCCGUAAACAUUGUCUUUACAUGAUUGUUAUGGAAUAUUAUGAUUUAAGUUUGUUAAUCAAAUGUGAAAAGCACUGGGAUUUAACUUUAAUGAUCUAAUGGCAAUUGCACUGUCACCGUUUAAUGGCAGCAUAACAUGAAUGUUUGUAAUGUGAUUUGCACAGAGUGACUAAUACAUCAGUGCACAUUUUCUCCUAAAUGUUGCCUUCAUUUGCUA